UUUGUUCCAAUUGGCUGUCGGCCGGACUCUCCGACCAACGGUCGCCAUGAGUGUUUUACUGGGCCGAGCGCAAGUUGUAUUAGUGGUUCGGAGUCAUUUCGUAAACAAACACGAGUUGUAACUUGUGGCGGCUGAAUUUGGCAACUGAGAAGUUCUUAUUGACUGCUUAUUUCACAUUGAAAUGUUUAAUUUAUCAUCUUUUAUGACAGGAUGCAAUGCGUUAAGUUAGCAUGCAGUAUGGUAACCGGAUGAAUCUGUUGUAGCCAUUUUCGUUCUGUGUCGCCUCGGUUGUCUGCUGAAAAGUGCCGGCUGGUUCAAGGACUGCUUCUCCUAGAAGAGUCAUCUAUUUUUGGUUAAACUUAUCCGGUCCUAUGUUUAUUCCCGUGUAAUGAUAUCGUAAAGUGACUUUUAAUUAAACGUCGGCAACACAAUUUCGAGAUACGGCGAUAUCACCCCUGGGAAUAUGUACUAAAUGUACUAAUUAAAAGACCGUUACCGUUUUUGCUGCAAGUAGUGGCGUUAAAGGGCAGUCGGCAUGAGCUUCACGGUCUGUCGUCAGCUUGAUUCCCCAACGGCCGGGAAAAACAUUCGUCAGAAGUUGCAGUUUUCUCCCGGCGACGAAGACUCUUCGGUGGAAGAGGACGGCAACCGCAGUACGGGAGCCGAGUCGGGCUUCACGGAGAUGGACUCUCCGCGGCGUGUUCGGCGGAGCUCGGCCGAUGACCUGAAUGAUGCUGGAAGCAGCCCCUUGGACAGCACCAGAGAAGAUGCCGAGUCUUGGGACGAGGAACGUUUCGGCUCACUGUCCCCCUUGAAAUCGAGCAUUUAUAUGAUGCGAUCCCCGUCUCCGAGGAAGAAUGUUCGCAGUUUCUGCCGCUUCGGCGACCGACGUAACUGUGGCUCCCCUGUAGCUGAUCGGCCCGAUACUCCUCCGCACAAAACUUUCAGAAAACUUCGAUUGUUUGAUACCCCGCACACACCGAAGAGUUUGCUGUCUAAAGCCAGUGCGGUCAACACGCGGUCGUUAAAUAGGAGAGUUUGUCUCUCCAAGAAUGUGGAUCCGACGGAGAAGGUCAGCCAGACCUUAAGAAACAGUCAUACGCCCCUUAUUAACAUCAACCCGUUUACUCCAGAGUCAUUGCUCCUCCAGUCGGGGACGUUGCAGAGGAUUUACAGAAAGCGGUCACACUGGAAUGAUUCUUGCGGAGAAGAUAUGGAAGCAAGUGAUGCUGAAAUUGAAGAUGAGAUCGUUCCACCAUCAAAGAGGCUGACUAUAAUGGAGAGUAACAUGAUGUCAAGGUAUGCCACAGAAUUCCACGAGCUGGAGAAGAUUGGAUCUGGGGAGUUUGGCUCUGUCUUCAAAUGUGUGAAACGCCUGGAUGGUUGCAUAUAUGCCAUCAAACGGUCCAAGAAGCCACUAGCUGGCUCUGUUGAUGAGCAAAAUGCACUGAGGGAAGUCUACGCCCAUGCAGUGCUGGGACAGCAUCCCCAUGUGGUCAGAUAUUAUUCUGCAUGGGCAGAAGAUGAUCACAUGUUGAUACAGAAUGAAUACUGUAAUGGUGGCACCCUCUCUGAUGUCAUAAUGGAGAACUACAGAGCCUUGCAUUUCUUGUCUGAACUGGAGCUUAAAGAUCUUCUUUUGCAAGUUGGCCGUGGCCUCAAGUACAUACACUCCACAUCGCUGGUUCAUAUGGAUAUCAAGCCAAGUAAUAUAUUCAUAUCUCGGAGGACGGUAUCCUGUGUUGAUGAUUGUGAUGAUGAUGAUGGACCAAAUACCAGUGUUGUUUACAAAAUAGGUGAUCUUGGACAUGUGACUAGGGUUGACAAUCCUCAUGUUGAAGAAGGUGACAGUAGGUUCCUAGCAAAUGAAGUGCUUCAAGAGGACUAUACAGACCUUACAAAGGCAGAUAUCUUCUCACUGGGAUUGACUGUGAUAAGCGCUUCCGGUGCUGAGCCGAUGCCGGCCAAUGGUGACAAGUGGCAUGACAUUCGGAAAGGGAAGUUACCCUUGAUACCGCAAGUGCUCUCUCAGGAUUUCCUUAAUUUGCUCAAGCUGAUGAUCCAUCCAGAAGUAGAGCGGAGACCAUCUGCCUUUCUUCUUAUUAAGCACCCGGUGCUGCUGACAGCAGCUAGGAUGAAUGCUGACCAGCUGCGUGUGGAGCUUAACGCUGAAAGAUUCAAGAAUACCCUCCUACAAAAGGAGCUGAAAAAGGCCCAGCUGGCUAAAGCUGCAGCUGAAGAAAGGGUGCUCUUCACAGACAGGGUACUCACUCGCUCCAUUGUCCAGUCUGGUAACAGGACAUCGAGACUCAUCGGCAAGAAGAUGAACCGUUCAGUCAGCCUGACUAUUUAUUAGCUAUUAAUCAGCUGUUUUUUGUUAGAUCUGUAACUCUGUACCUUGGAAGUCGGGCAGAAUGUCAGUUUCACUAACUUGGAUUGUGCUGAGAUCUUGAUAGUACUUAUUCCUUUUUGGGUACUUGGAACGUUUGUUCUUGUUGAAGCUGCAUCUGAAAUUUCUGCUGUCAUAAAUCCUUCAGAGUGAGGGGGUUGCAUGAAUGCCCCUAAGCACAUGAGAGGUUUCCUUCUAUGCGGCGUUACUGCUGUUUGAGGGAGGCUGUGCAUGGAAGCGGCUUCCCUUCAGUGUGAGGAUGCAGCCUGUUUGAUUUUUUGCACCUUACAGUCUGUGAAAUAUCUGAUGUCCAGCAAACACUGGGGCAUCAGAUAAGAUUCACACAAUUGAGCACUUUUAUGGCAAUGAAUAUAUUUUUGUCAGGCAUGUUUGCUGCUAUAAAUGUUUUGUCUGCAACUGAGGUCGGGAUUGUUUGGGUCGAAAUUUUCUGGCCCUUGUGAAUCAUUGAUUUUUAAAACAUUUUAACAGUUGCUGUCUUCUCUCAGUGUAUGCAUUGCUUACACACCUCAGCCAGGAGUCUCCAGUUCCGGUCCUGGAGAGCUACUCUCCAGUAGGUCUUCUACCUGACUUCUACCACUAUGUGGCUCAUCAGAAGUGAAGUAGGAUAGAAAAUCUGCUGGAGAGUAGCUCUCCAGGACUGGAGUUGGAGGCCCCUGUAUCAGGACAGAUGUUAACUGUUAUGGAUGUCAACUAUAUCUUCACCAUUGCGUUCUACAUUCAUAAAGCACCAUCACCUAUGGCAUAAGUAGCUGAACCAUGGCAUGUGAAAGGUGUUAGGGAUCCUUCCUCUUAUCCCAUAAAAUCUUUUACUUUACACGUGGUUCUUAUGGUGCUAAAGUAAAUAGAGCCGGAAAUGGGAAUCGAUCCAACUCUGCCUCUAGCGUUAGUAUAGAUCAUUGCCUUUUUCUUUUUGUGAGCGAUGUUUUUUUUUUCCUCAUAGUUCUCAUCUGUAAUGUUUGUUGGCUCGAUUACUUUCUCUCAUUCUGUAGGUUCGUUUUCAUUUGUUUGUCACCUUCAUUAUAUAUGGAGUUCGUUGCUUUUGUACAAAUGUUCCUAAUAAAAUGGAGUUUUGAUCAA